UACAAGUGAGGUAGGUAAUAAUGAGGAGAGUAUGGCUACAAUUACCGGUCACUUGGCUUCCUUUUCCCUCUGGUCUUCUUCCUCUCCCAAAUUUCCUAAUUCUUCUCGCUUCUCCUGCUCCGCCUCAAAAUCGCCACUGCAGCACGGUAACCGGAUGGCAUAUAUGGAUUUCCCCUACGUCUCACCUUCACACAAAGACCUUAUGGUAGAUCUAGCAUCCACCCUCGAUACUCGCCUCAGUUCGUUCCUUAAUCCUUGCAAUCUUCCGCCAGAUGUUCAGUCUUAUCAGAAUGAUACCGGAACUGCUCAUGCUGCUCUCCAUCUCCGAUCCGGCCUCCACUCCUCUCCGAUUGAUUUUAUGCUUGGAAGUUGGCUACAUUGCGCGUUACCAACAGGGGGGGCCUUGAACAUCACCAGCCUGUCAGCCUAUCUAAACUCAUCAACCGACGCACCCAAUUUCUUAAUUGAGCUGAUCCAAAGCAGCCCAACAUCUAUGGUUCUGAUUCUUGAUUUGCCUCCAAGAGUGGACCUUGUACUUAACCCUGAUUACCUCAAAACAUUUUACCAAGACACUCAACUAGACCAACACAGACAACAUCUUGACAAGCUCUCGGAGGUAAAACCGUACUUCUCAUCAUCACUUUACAUUCGUGCAGUUGUUUCUCCGACUGCGAUCCUGGUGCGUAUUGAAACAGAACGGCUCGAGGAAAUGAUUGAAACUCAUGUUGGCCCGAUUGCAAAAGAAGUGUUGAAAACUUGGUUGGAUGUUUGUGCUUUUGGGGAAAGGGUUGUUGGUGAAAGUGAGAGGGAUUGGUUGAGAAAACGAGAUGAUAUGAGUAAAAGCAAGACGAUUGAAAUAGAUCUGGGUUCGAACUUGCCGAGGUUAUUCGGGCAAGAAACUGCUAACCGGGUACUAGAAGCUCUAAAGGAGGUUUUCUAAAGUUAUACAGGUUUGUAUUGUAUGUAUUGAACCUCGUACAAAAUGUGUUUGGUCACGCGUUUGUUUGCGCAUCACACACAAUCAAACACUGAUUAUCGGCAAAGUAAUAGUUGCAAGUUUAUUCAUCAAUCAACAACUAUGUAUAUAUAGCCGGAAAGUACACCGGAAAGGAGAAACAAAACGAAACUUGUUGCA